AUGUAUUGCUGCAGUGCCCAGGACAGUAAAAUGGACUACAAGCGGCGCUUCCUGCUUGGCGGGUCCAAGCAGAAGGUGCAGCAGCACCAGCAAUACCCGAUGCCUGAGCUGGGCCGAGCACUGAGUGCUCCCCUGGCAUCUACAGCCACCACUGCCCCCCUGGGCAGUCUGACCGCUGCAGGUAGCUGCCACCAGGCCAUGCCCCACUCCACUCCCAUCGCCGACAUCCAGCAGGGCAUCUCCAAGUACCUGGAUGCCCUCAAUGUCUUCUGCCGGGCCAGUACUUUCCUCACAGAUCUCUUCAGCACUGUGUUCAGGAACUCUCACUACUCCAAGGCAGCCAUGCAGCUCAAAGAUGUGCAGGAGCAUGUCAUGGAAGCAGCCAGUCGGCUGACUUCAGCCAUAAAGCCCGAGAUCGCCAAGAUGCUGAUGGAACUUAGUGCUGGGGCUGCAAACUUUACAGAUCAGAAGGAAUUCAGUCUCCAGGACAUUGAGGUGUUGGGGCGAUGUUUCCUGACCGUGGUGCAGGUCCAUUUCCAGUUUCUGACCCAGGCGUUACAGAAGGUCCAGCCAGUGGCUCACUCUUGUUUUGCUGAGGUGGUUGUGCCUGAAAAGAAGAGCAGCAGCAGCUUAUCUAGCAUGAGCCACACACCUGAACUGGAGGAAGCUGUGCGAUCCUGGAGAGGGGCUGCUGAGGCAACAGCUAGACUCAGAGAAAGAGGCUGUGAUGGCCGCCUGGCAGGAAUUGAAGUUCAACAGCUCUUCUGUUCUCAAAGUGCAGCGAUUCCUGAGCACCAGCUAAAAGAACUGAACAUAAAAAUUGACAGUGCUUUGCAAGCAUAUAAAAUAGCUCUGGAACGCUUAGGCCACUGUGAAUAUGCAAUGAAAGCUGGUUUCCACUUGAAUCCAAAAGCAAUUGAAGCCAGUUUGCAGGGCUGCUGCAGCGAGGCAGAAGCACAGCAAACAGGGCGGAGGCAGACGCCCCCACAGCCCAUGCAGUGUGAGCUUCCUACUGUCCCUGUGCAGAUUGGAUCACACUUCCUGAAGGGAGUCUCCUUCAACGAGUCAGCCGCUGACAAUCUGAAACUUAAGACGCAUACAAUGUUACAGCUGAUCAAGGAGGCAGGCUGCUAUAAUGGAAUCACAUCAAGGGAUGAUUUUCCUGUAACUGAAGUACUAAACCAGGUGUGCCCAUCCACAUGGCGGAGCGCCUGCAAGACUGCUGUACAGCUGCUGUUUGGCCAAGCUGGACUGGUGGUAGUUGACACAGCACAGAUAGAAAAUAAGGAAGCCUAUGCCCCCCAAAUCAGUUUAGAAGGCUCAAGAAUCGUGGUUCAAGUCCCAUCCACAUGGUGCCUGAAAGAAGACCCUGCCACCAUGUCUCUGCUGCAGAGGAGCCUGGAUCCCGAGAAGACGCUGGGCCUGGUGGAUGUGCUCUACACGGCUGUGCUGGACCUCAGCCGCUGGCGGGCAGGGAGGGAACAAGCUUUGCCCUGCAUACAGAUCCAGCUGCAAAGGGAGAUGUGUGAUUUUGGGAAUCAGGCUGACCUCCCUUCUGGAAAUGGGAACAAAUCUUCAGGCGGCCUGCAAAAGACCUUCUCCAAACUGACCUCCCGCUUCACCAAGAAAGCUUCAUGUACCAGCUCUGGCAGCAGCACCAAUUAUUCCAUCCUAAAUACCCCUUCCAAAAGCAUCUUCAUAGCUGGCUGUUCAGAAGAGAAAGCCAAAAUGCCCAGUAAUAUUGACUCAAGAUUACAAAGCAUUUUGAACAUUGGUAAUUUUCCUAGGACUGCAGACCCUUCACAGUCAGCUCAGAAUUCCAGUAAUCAAAUGGCCAAUGGUUUUCUCAUGGAGAGGCGUGACAGCUUUCUGCAAGGGGCUGAUGGCAAGGACGAGAAGGGUAUGAACUUACCAACUGAUCAGGAAAUGCAGGAGGUAAUCGAUUUUCUCUCCGGCUUUAAUAUGGGCCAGUCACAUCAGGGCUCCCCGUUAGUGACAAGGCGUAAUUCUACUGCCACAGCCAUGGUGACGGAACAGAAGGCAGGAGCCAUGCAGCCACAACAGCCACCACUGCCUGCGCCCCCUCCACCACGGCCACCCCAGGCUGGGAGACACACACCUCUGACACCCCAGCCAGGCCUGGCACCACCGCAGCAGUCCCCAAAGCAACAACAACCCCGGGUUCAAUACUACCAACACUUGCUCCAACCCAUUGGACCGCAGCAGCCCCCACCCCAGCCUCGGGCCCCGGGGAAAUGGGUGCAUGGCUCAUCCCAGCAGCCAGCACAGCCCGUCGGAGUGGGUCUGUCUCCUCUUGGCCAGUGGCCUGGCAUGUCUGACCUCAGUUCUGACUUGUACAGCUUGGGUCUGGUGAGCAGCUACAUGGAUAACAUGAUGUCAGAGGUUUUGGGGCAGAAGCCUCAGGGACCUAGAAAUAAUACCUGGCCAAAUCGUGACCAAAGUGAUGGAGUCUUUGGAAUGUUGGGAGAGAUUCUGCCUUUUGAUCCUGCAGUGGGUUCAGACCCUGAAUUUGCACGCUACGUGGCAGGAGUGAGCCAAGCAAUGCAGCAGAAGCGGCAAGUCCAACAUGGUCGCCGUCCAGGCAACCCCCGUGGACACUGGCCACCCAUGGAUGAUGCCCAUCGGACCUGGCCUUUCCCAGAGUUCUUCACAGAAGGGGAUGGCCUGCACAGCAGCUGGUCAGGUACUCAGGGAGAUUCAGCCAGCUCGAGUGAUGAGACGUCUUCUGCCAAUGGCGACAGCUUGUUCUCCAUGUUUUCAGGGCCUGACCUCGUUGCUGCUGUCAAGCAGAGAAGGAAACACAGCAGUGGAGAGCAGGAGACCGGCACGCUGCCCUCGCCGCCUCUUCUUACCACGGUGGACGAUGUGAAUCAGGAUAACAAAACCAAAACAUGGCCACCCAAAGCACCCUGGCAACACCCUUCUCCACUACCCAGCACACUGCCUAACCCAGGUGCACCACUCUAUGCAGUCGCCAGCCCUGGCAGCCAAUGGAACGACACCAUGCAGAUGCUGCAGUCCCCGGUGUGGGCUGCAACCAGCGAUUGCAGCACAGCCUCCUUCUCCUACGUGCAGACCCCACCACAGCCCCCACCCCCAGCAGCACACAAGGCAGCGCCCAAGGGCUUCAAGGCCUUCCCAGGGAAGGCUGAGCGCAGGCCGGCCUACUUGCCCCAGUACUGA